ACGGAGUCCGGCCCUUCCGCUUCCUUUUGGAGGCCGGUGGCGAGCACUGGCGGGGGUACUGUGCUAGGAAGAGCGGAGGCGAGGCGGACGGCGCCUGUGCUGCACUGGUUAGACUGGCCGGGCUGGGCCGCCGCUGCCUCCUGUGCGGGCGGAGGCGGACGACAAGCCGCUGGGGGUCCCGCUUGCCGCCGCUGUGCCUUGGCCUGGGUCCCGCAGCGCGCUCUGCGCCCGGUCCCGCUAGCUGAGCCUGAGCUGUGCCUUUUUGCAGCUCCCCCCCAUCCUUCCAUCUCCUGUUGGAGUCGCGUGCGCCUGUCUCGGCGUGUCCUAUGGACAGACACAAAGUGAAGCGCCAGAGGCUGGACCGCAUCUGCGAAGGUAUAAGGCCUCCUAUUGGUAAUGGCCCAAUGCCAGCACGUCCCUUGGUUGCCCUCCUGGAUGGCAGGGAUUGCGCUGUAGAGAUGCCUAUCUUGAAGGAUGUUGCCACAGUGGCUUUCUGUGAUGCCCAGUCAACUCAGGAAAUCCAUGAAAAGGUGCUAAAUGAAGCUGUUGGGGCUCUGAUGUACCACACCAUUACUUUGUCGCGCCAGGACCUGGAGAAGUUCAAAGCUCUCCGGGUCAUUGUGCGAAUUGGCAGUGGCUAUGACAAUGUGGAUAUCAAGUCAGCUGCAGAAUUAGGCAUUGCUGUGUGCAACAUCCCUUCCUCGUCUGUGGAAGAAACAGCUGAUUCCACACUUUGCCACAUCCUGAAUUUGUAUCGGCGGGUUACUUGGCUCCACCAGGCCAUGCGAGAAGGAAACAGAGCCUCAAGUAUGGAACAGAUUAGAGAAGUGGCUGGAGGUGCUGUGCGUAUCCGUGGCGAGACCUUAGGCAUUAUUGGUCUUGGCCGAGUUGGGCAAGCAGUUGCUCUGCGUGCAAAGCCCUUUAACUUCAAUGUGAUUUUCUAUGAUCCAUAUCUACCUGAUGGAGUAGAGCGUUCACUAGGAUUGCAACGGAUGCCCACCCUGCAGGACCUGCUAAAUCACAGUGACUGCAUCACAUUGCACUGCAGCCUCAAUGAGCAUAAUCACCACCUCAUCAACGACUUCACCAUUAAACAGAUGCGCCAAGGUUGUUUUCUGGUGAAUACAGCUCGUGGGGGACUGGUUGAUGAGAAAGCCUUGGCUCAAGCUCUAAAGGAGGGGAGAAUCAGAGGGGCAGCAUUAGAUGUGCAUGAGUCCGAGCCCUUCAGCUUUGCAAAUGGGCCCCUAAAAGAUGCACCCAAUGUGAUCUGUACUCCUCACACAGCGUGGUACAGUGAACAGGCAUCCACUGAGUCCCGGGAAGAGGCAGCUAAGGAGAUUCGCAGAGCUAUCACAGGUCACAUACCUGAUGUUUUGAGGAACUGUGUUAAUAAGGAAUACUUACUUUUAGCGGCUCAGUGGUCCAGUAUUGAUCCUGCAACGGUACAUCCAGAGCUUAAUGGAGCUGCAGCUUACAGGUUUCCUCCAGGAGUAGUGGGAGUAGCAGCCCCAGGGCUGCCAGAGCCUGCAGUAGAGGGGAUUGUAACUCAUGGCAUUCCCUCUGUGUCUCACUCUGCACCCCAUACCCCUUCCCCAGGAGAAUCAAAUAAAUUGGAGCCAGACAGAGAAAUCUCCACUGAUCAGUAGCAUCUCUAUCUCUUUUCAUCCCUCGUAAGAAAGCAGGGGGGGGGAGGGCUUCUCCUGUUUUAGGACCUAUUGUGACACCUUGUGGACUGUUUCCUGUUCAUGCUGGGCAGGAGAAUGCAUUUCAUUGUUGGCAAAUUCUAGCCCUUGCCUUUAAACAGAUAUUUUAUAACAGGUUUAGUUUAAAUCUCUCGGUGAAUCUCUUUCCUUGUCCGGGGCAAAGAAGCAAUGACUUUUCAUCCUUUCGAUAAUUGUUUAGUUUUAUCAUGCAAGUUCCCAUGCACCUGCCUCCACUGUGAUAUGCAGAACAGCACCUGGCUGAACACAUGAGAACAGUGAUUCCAGAACAAGAGUGGUGUGGAUUCUUAAGGUGACUUCUUAAAUUGAAGAUCAGCUAAGAACUCAGGUACAAGUGACAAAGAUCAUUAUAGUGGGAAGGGAGAACUGUGGGUGAGGGUUGACCUGUUGCUUAAUAAGAAUAAGGGGACCCUUUUCCAGUUGUGGGCACUUAUUGCUUUGAGCCUUCCUGUAUACUGUUAACAGCUGUAGUUGGUGGGUGACUUGCUUCCAGGGCACUGAGGGUAAGCAUUUACAAGAGCUAGAGUGAAUUUGAAAUUGUGCUUGGAAUCUGAUUAAUGUUCAAAACAUGUUCAGAGAAUCAGUGGAGUUGCUUUGACAGCCAAGAUGCUUGUGAAAUCACAGGAUGGAAAGUUUGAGAUUUGGGCCCAACUCAGGGAAUGAGAGCUCAACACAUAAGAAAACAGGUGAUUCAGAACUCCAGGCUUAAGGUUAUGUAAUGCCUCUUCUUGCACACUAGUAGUGCAACUUUGCUACAAGAAAAUGAUUAUGAUUAUGCAGAAAUUCUAGAUAUUAUGCCCUCUUUGACCUCUUUCCAAUCCACUUCAAAGACCAAGCUAGGAUUGUUCCCUCUGGCUUUGUCUAGUGUGAAAUGGUCCAGGUGUGUGUGCUGAAUUUUUAUGUUCUUCAUACGUUUUCUCUGAAUUGAGUCCUCCUUGCCUUGCAAAAAGAAAGCAACUAAACUCAUUCUUGAUCUUGCAGAUAGCCAUAACAUUGUCUUGAGAAACUUGGUUAAACUAUGGCAACUUCUAAUUUUUUUGCCUAGGGUGGUUUCAAAGGAGGCAUUUGAAAUAUAUUUUGAAGCAGAAUUAAGGUCACAAGUUGUCAUUUAUGAGGAGGGGGCAGAAAUUGCUUAUUUCCUGGUACAGUAUAUAUUUUAGUCUGAAACAAAAUAUUUAUUAUUGUUGGAGGAUAGCCUUGAUGGGUAUGUCACAGAAGUUGGCCCAGAGGAGAAAAAGUGUACUACUUGAGCAUACAACUGACAAAGGAAUUUGGGAAUGGAGGAUGGGAAUUGUUCUACUUAGUAUCAGACUCCUGCACGUCCCCACUCUUCUGUCCCCAGUCAACUUGAAGCUGAGGUGGAGUAGAAACCCCAACUUGGAUCUGUGAUUACAAUUGAGAAUAGGUUAGCGUGUUUCCAGCUCUUUUGCAGACUGCCUGCAAUUUUUUCCUUCUCCACUGCUAAGUGCAAACAGACCAGGGUGUAAUUCAUUUAAAGCAAGGAGGAGGUGUGAGGAAGAAGGAAAUCUCACUUCUGUGUUGUCCAGAUUUGGUUCUUUCCUUGAGAUGGCAUAUGGUUCCCUGGUAGUGCGUGCUUUGUUAGAAUGUGAAUUGGAAGUGUUUAAUGUAGCAUAGUCUGUGGUAGUGAGGGAGGCACAAUAGCAUUAUAGGUCUUGGAUGAUUAUGACUUUGUUUUGAAAAAAUCAUAUACCUCUUUGGUUGCUCAGGGUUUUAUCAGUACCUGCAUGGAGGGCACACUAAAUGUGGAGAGCCUUUGAAUGAAGCAUCCAGUUCUGAAGAGCUAUAUGUGAGGCAAAAGCAAGCAGUUCAGUUCUUCCAGUAAAAGAAGGUUAGCACCCUGACUUAAAAAUUGAAUGAGGCUACUGUUUGGGCUGAUUCAGAUAUGUGUUGCUCGUCUUGACAUAGUGUUAAAAGAGUGAGGAGUUUGCCAUAGGAUAGCACACUUCCUCAUUCACGGCCUCUUUCCUCUUGUAUGAGAAUUUCCGCUUUCCCUACUACCAUGGAUUUCAAAAGCUAGGAUCAAAGUAUGCUCAGAUUUAUAUUGCCCAGGAUUAACAUUGGUGAAACAUUUCUGAACCAACAUAGAGUGGGUAGAAAUUUACACAUGAGAGAAGACACAGCAUGUGGUCCUAUGGUGAGCCCCUUAACUCUGGUUAAGGGCCAGUGCUGCAUUCAAUCUGCACUGGCCCUUGGAAAGCUGUGUUCCAUUAAGUGUGCUGGCCAGCUGAUAGAUAAUUAUUAGGAACCUGUUUAUAAGGGGAAAACACCCAAGUUAUUUAAAAAAAUUAAUACAUUUUGAUGCACUUCAAAUACCCAUAGUGUCUUGCACUAUUUCAGAGGGCUGUGUGUAUUCUGAGCCAUCCUUAUCCCAAAUCUGCAUGUGUAAUGAACAGCAUAAACAUUCAUAUAGGUUUUUGCCACUUGGGUAUGUUUUGCUUAGACCUGAGAGAGCAAGGAAAUAAUUAGGUAUGAAGGACCUAGAAAUUGAAGAGAGAGGAAAUGAAAUAGAAAUGUGGAGGAAGAACAAUGGAGAACCUUGAGGACCUGGCACUCUUCAUUUUUUACCAUUUGAAACUAGAUACUGGCCACUCCUUUCCAAUUUGUUGCCUACAAUCAUAUAAGCAGAAAUGUGCUUAAAGAUGAAAGCAGAGCUUCUCAGGAUAUUGAUUCUGUGUUUAUGUGAUGUGCUCAUGCAGAAUACACAUUGCCCAGGUACCUCCCUGCUACUCCUGUUUUUACUUACUUGGAGAUAUUGGUGUAUUUCACUGGCCAAUACAACUUAACAAAUUACGUGGCUUUAAAACUGCUGCUUAAGUUCUGGCAACCCAUGAGUUCAGAGUUCCUGCUGGAAACAGGAAGUUGAUUGUCCUGGUGUCAUAUUGCAUUAUAAGAGGAGUACAUCAGUAACUUCCCCCUUCCUGCUUGCUCCUGGCAAUUCCUGACUUCUAUUUGUAAGUUUUCCAGUUAAGGGCCCUAGUUGUGGCAUUGCUCAGAGUCAGUUUCAGGGAAUACUUGCAAGAUACACUUAAUUAGGGUGGCUCUCAUAUAUUAGUAAGCAAGUUUUUUUACACAUGAAUACCUCUAAGGACUUAUCAGGUAAAACCUCCAUGAGGAGAUAAAUUGGGAUGAUCCCAGUUGGCUACACUAAGCCUCUUGUUUUAUCUAGAAACCAAACUGGUUAUUUUAUUAGAAAAGAUGUACUUAACAGUGGUUACAAUUGUGUCAGGCUCUGGAUGCUGGUAAACAUGAUUUUGAAGCCUUAAGCCCUCAAAAAUAACCAGUAUUACCCUAUCUUAUGUUUAGGAAUUGAAAUUACUUUAAAACUACCAGAGUGGCAUUAUUUGAGGAUCCAGAGCAGGUUUGAGACUCCUUAGCUAAUACCAAGCAUCUGUCCCAGAAAAAAGGAUUGUCCAGAUGCUGAUGAAAGAGUUCUGAUUGCACACAACACACAACAGUAUAUUGUUUGUUAGAACUCAACAGUUGCCACAAGAAGAUGUGAGUCUCUCCCCUAAUAACCAAAUAUUGGUGCAGGGAGCCCUUCUUGUGUAUAUAGAUGUGCAACUCCAUGCUCCAGAUUUUAUGCAUUCAGGGGAAGAAAGGAAUGAGAGUCCCAUUUUCAAAUUGCCUUCCUUCAGAAUUAAUGUGGAGCUUAAUCCCAAAGAGCAGUAAUCUUUUUCCUAAUACUGAGGUGGCAGGAGUACCCUGGGUCAUGCCAAACUUAUUUGCAGGAGGAGCUCACUCUGUCCUAAGGUAUAUUCUGCUUGUCAGGUUUGCUGUUGCUGACCAGCUUUUUUAUAGAGGACUCAGAGUUUCAGAAAUAUAUUUUUGUAGACAAUAACUAAACUGUGAAACUUUAAGAUAAAGCAUGUAAAAGCAUUUUCAACAAUGUUUCCUGUACAGAUGUUUCUCCCUUCAACUCUCUCCUGGCUUUUGUUAGAAGUUUGACAGUUUCUUGAAUAUAUUUUAAUAAAUAUUUCCUUUAUUGUCA